AUGGUGGUGGAGGAUGAGGAUGAUGAUGGUGGUGGAAGGGAGCCUUUAGAUCCUGGACCUGUUGCCCCUGACCCUGGUGGGACUUCAGAAGCUACAGCCCCAAAACGUUCCUAUGCUAGGGUGUUAGGAGUUUCAUCAUGGCCUGCUAUCGAUUCCUUUCCUGAACUGAUUCAGGCUGGAAACAUUUGCACAAUAAUAAUUCCCCAGCAAGAUUAUGAAGCCAAGAGACACAAUUUUCAUUUUUCUCUCAUAGGACAGGUCAAUUUUUUCCUUAUUUCUCUCGAUGCUUUGAGGAUGGAGGCUAAAGAAAAAAGGAAUCUCAGUCAGGGUGUGGUCAUGCAUCCACUGGGUAAGGGCUUUGUGAUCUUCCAAUUUCACUGUGAAGGUGACAAAGCCGAGGUAUGGAGAAGAAGUCCUCUCAAGAUUGGUGGACAAUUAAUUCGAUUUCAGCAUUGGAAGCCUGACUUCAACAUUCAUGAGAAGCAGAUUUUCACAAAGAUUGUCUGGAUUCGUUUCCCAGACCUCCCUCUCGAGUAUUGGCACGAGAAUGUUCUCUUGUCAAUCGUGAAAGCGGUCAGACGACCUGUGGCAUUGGAUCGAAGGACCAGGCAAGGGAUAAUGGGGUAUUUAGCUAGGGUCCUUGUCGAAAUUGAUAUUUUUGAAUCUGUUGUGAGAAUUGACGAAGUCUAA